UAACCCUCAAAAGUACAGUUCACAAUCCUCUUUCACUGCUCAGUCCCCCGUAGUUUUUUUGCUGUAGCUGACAUCACAGCAAACUACAAUAAAUACUAUCAACUUCGAUCUUCUGAAUCCUUCUGCUUUCAAUCCCGGAGGUCUUCUUUCUCCUUUUUGUUCUGUUCUCCUUCUCCAAAAUCUGCCCCCUAAAAAGUCGUCUUCAAGCUUACUUUACUUUUGGAGGGGGGGCCAUGCUCUUCCCUUACCCAAAAAUUAAAAUUUUCUUUUUUAUGACUUUUUUUAUACAUGGCUGAGAAAAGAAACCAUAGAAAUCAAUGCAUUCUUUUUCUCCAUAACAUUCCAUAACCUGUGAGCAAAUCUUCUUUCUGGUUCAACGGUUGAGAAAGCUGAGCUAAAUCCUACUCUUGAAUCUAUAAGCUAUCAUCCACUUCCCUUUUGUGAUUCCUCCCCUACUGAUUGAGGCCAAAAGAUGGCUAAGCAGUCCCACGCCUAUACGUUUGGCCUGCAAUUCUAGAGGUUGUUUUCAUCCUUCUCUUCGUCGCUUUACUUGCUCUUCCCUGUAUUUUUUAUACGCAUGUUGCUUUUCACUCUAAGUUCAAACUUCUCCCGCUUGUUAUAUACAAACCACUUUUAUAUUCUAAGUCCCUAUAGAGUUUCUCAGGAAAGAAUACUGAUGAGGGGAGCUAUUCCAGUUCAAGCAAUUAUCCUCCUGCUACUUUGCUUUCGAGUCCUGUCUCAAUCAGAUGGCUCUACUGCUCCAAUGGAGGAAAAGGAGAAGGAAGCUCUGUACUUGAUGAUUCAAGGCUUUGUUGGAAAUUGGUGGAAUGGUUCUGGGCUUUAUCCUGACCCUUGUGGCUGGACAUCUAUUCAGGGAGUAUCCUGUGAUCUGUUUGAAAAUGGUUUUUGGUAUGUCACAACUGUAAACAUAGGCCCGAUCCUUGACAAUUCUCUUCGCUGCUCUAACAAUGCUGAGUUCAGCUCAUCUCUCUUCGAGCUCAGCCACCUGAGAAGCUUCUCAAUCUUCAAUUGCUUCUCAUCACCAUUCCAUAAAGAAACUAUCAUUCCGUCUCAGAGCUGGAACAAGCUGUCUUCAAGCUUAGAAACGUUGGAGUUUCGAUUAAACAAAGGACUUACUGGCCAAAUUCCUCGGGCUCUCGGCCAGUUAGUAAAUCUCAAAUCACUAGUGCUCACUGAGAAUUCAUUAAUUGGUGAGCUUCCUUGGGAAAUUGGAAAUCUGGUACACUUAAAGAGGUUAACAAUUUCAGCAAAUCAGCUAUCUGGAAAAAUACCAGCUUCUUUUGGAACCAACUUGGCUGAGCUCUUGAUCAUGGACUUGAGCAACAAUUCUCUAACUGGUCACCUGCCCUCCUCUUUUGGUGGCCUUGCAUCACUGCUUAAGCUUGAUGUUAGCAACAAUAUACUAACGGGAAAUAUACCACAAGAACUUUGUAAACUCAAAAAUCUCAUACUUCUAGAUCUCAGAAACAACAAUCUUUCAGGUGGUUUACCUCCAUCUCUUCAAACAAUGCUUGCUCUCCAAGAUAUGCUCCUCUCCAACAACCCAUUAGGUGGAAGUAUUAAGGAAUUUAGUUGGGAAAAUCUAAAAAAUCUAACUCAUUUGGAUCUUUCAAAUACGGAGCUUGUUGGUGAGAUUCCAGAUUCAAUCACAGACUUGCAGAAGUUGAGAGUCCUUGCAUUGGACGGCAACCAGCUCUCUGGUUUUGUAUCUCCCAAGCUUGCAGACAUGCCUAGUCUUUUUGCUGUUUAUCUCAAUGGUAACAAUUUCGCAGGAGAGCUUAGAUUUUCUCAGGAAUUCUAUAAUAGGAUGGGAAGGAGAUUUGCCUCAUGGAAUAAUCCAAAUCUCUGUUAUGGCUUCAAAGCUGGAAAUACAACACGGGAAGGCCCAGAUGGAGUGAGUAAAUGUAACUAUGGAGAAAACAGAACAGUGCAUAAUCUUGAUGCAGGGAACAAAGCUGGUAGAGUAGAAACUACUCAGUCGUCAGCUUCUAUGGCUUCCAUUGGGUUCUCAGCAUCUACCAUUGCUAGAUAUAUGUGGAUAAGUUUCUUGGAGAUUGUAGUGAUCAUCUUCCUCUGGUCUUCAAUGUAGUAGGAAAAACAAAUGUUUCUUUAUCACAGUGUAUGGUUUUCCCUUUUGAUCUUUCACAUUUGCAGAAACUAAUGUCAUGAUGUGAAAUAUCUUUCAUAUAUUAAAAAAAAAACUGCCUUAAUUAUGAACCAAGUAAAUAAAAAUAUUCUGUUUCUCCGUGCUGUAAAA